AUGCCACCACCAGCCUCCCUCUCCCUCUCCUUCAAUCGCCUCAUCUGCAGCGCCUGCGGGACUCAAUUCCCCUCAACCGCAGACCAAGACUCCUGUCGCAUCUGCGAUGAUCCGCGACAAUUCGUGCCUCCUACCGGUCAGAAAUUUACAACUUUGGCGAAACUGAAAGAUGAAGGGUGUGAGAACGUGUGGUGGCAAGAUGAAGUGCAUUCGGAGAUUUGGAAUGUGAAGACGGAGCCUGCUGUCGGCAUCGGACAGCGUGCGAUUUUGAUUCAGACGCCCGUGGGAAAUAUCCUCUGGGAUCUCAUUACUUAUCUCGACCAACCCACCAUCUCCAAAAUCCAAACUCUCGGUGGCCUCGCCGCAAUCGUGAUAUCUCACCCGCAUUACUACGCAACCUGGUCCGACUGGUCGCGGACAUUCCAUUGUCCCAUUUACGUCGCCAAGGCGGAUGAGGAGUGGCUGGAAUGUGUGUCCACGCCGGGAGCGGAAUUGCGGUUUUUAACGGAGCGGAAGACGGAGGUACUGCAGGGGAGUGGCGCGACGGCGAUUAUUGCGGGUGGACAUUUCGAUGGGAGUUUGUUGCUGCAUUGGAAGGAAGUGUUGAUGGUGGCGGAUACGGUUAUUAUGGCGCCGAGUGCGUUGAAUCCUGUGCCUGGGAAGGAGGGGGUUGUGAGUUUUGGUUUUUACUGGUCCAUCCCGAAUCGAAUCCCACUCCCACCGGACGAGAUUCUGCGGAUGUGGAAGUUGGUCAAGGGAUUUGAGUUUCAUACCGCCAUGGGAGCGUUCAAGGGGAUGGAUGUCAGGACUGUGGAGGGAGAGAAGGAGAGAGGGACGGGUGAUGUCAAGGGACGGUUGUUGCAGAGUUGUAAGAUUCAGGUCAAGGCGAUGGGUUGGACGGCGCAUGAGAUGUUGGCGGAGACGAUGGAGUAG